GUUUAUGAACGGGAAAACAAAGGGGACAUGGAGGAGGGAAGAGCCCGGUCCCAGACUGUGACCACUACUAGCAGCUCCAACUGUGACACCUUCACCACUGCAAGCCUCUCCUAUGACAGGAGCUUCAUCACCACUGCGCCAGGGCUGCUCCUGCUGGCAGAGACAGUGUUUGGUUUGCCAGUCUGGGCACUGAUCGCUGGCUCCGAGUACUUCCUCUUUCCUGCCUUUGGCUGGGUGAUGUUUGUAGCAGUGUUUUAUUGGGUCCUUACUGUUGUUCUUUUAAUUAUAUACAUCACCAGAGCAUUUACCAGAAUUUCCAAGGUGCCUUGGACAUUAGUAAGUCUAUGUUUUUAUGGAAGUGCCUUUGUUUUAUACCUCAUUGCUGCUGUGAUAGAUGCAACUUCAAUUACCAAAGAAAUUCUUGAUGAUCACAACUACAAUAGUUGGACGGCGUCUGCGUUCUUUGCAUUUCUGGUCACCGCAUGUUACGCUGCAAGCACCUAUUUCAGUUUCCGCUCCUGGAGAAUAAGAAUACGGAGUUAACAGUCUCACGACCGUCCAGAUUACAAACUGCAUGCAGCCACAGUUUGUACAAGGAGUACUUUAACCUCAUUUUGGCUGGGUAAUAUUUAGGGUUUUAGAUUUACUGUGUAGUUGUUAAUAUACAGAGGAAGGAAUUUGAGUACAUAAAUAUUUUGCAAUGCCGAUUUCCUAAAGUAAAAGGGAAUUUGUAGGAUGGAUGUCUGUUUUCAGUUCUGUACUCUGUCACAUAAUGUGAAAAAUGAUUUUGUUCAAAAUAUAUAUUGUGCCACAAAAAGCUGUAAUAAAAGAACUGGG